UCAUGUUCGGCGGAAAUCGCUAAGAUGAGUGCUGCCGCUGCCACGAACGGUGCCAAGCGCGCUGCCGCCGAAACAGACGAGGCGUUGGCGAAGAAGUCGCGUGUCGAUGGCGGCGGCGGUGCCGACGUGGCGGCCCAACCGGCCGGGGCGGAGGUGCCGUCGGCCGAGCGCUGGAAGCUCAAAAAGGUCCUGCUGCUCAUCUCCUACUCAGGGAAAGGCUACCUGGGAAUGCAGAGGAACCCGGGCUGUCGGACCAUCGAGGAGGACCUGUUGCAGGCUCUGUUCAAGGCGCGCGCCAUUCCCGAGCACGGCCUGCGCGAGCAGCAGAGCGUCUGGUUCCAGCGCGCCGCGCGCACAGACAAGGGCGUCUCGGCUGUCAAACAGUGCGUCUCGCUUAAAAUGGCGGCCGACACGGAGGGCAUCCUGGAGACCAUCAACUCGCACCUGCCGGACCAGAUCCGCGUGUUCGACAUGCGCCGCGUCACCAAACGGUUCGACGCCAAGCAGCAGUGCUGCGCGCGCACCUACCAGUACAUGAGCCCGACGUUCGCGUUCGCGCCGCUCGAGGCGGUUGUGUCCGAACAGUACCGGAUGUCUGACGAAGUCCUGGAGAAUGUGAACCGGUUGCUGAAGAAGUUUGAAGGGACGCAUAACUACCAUAAUUUCACCUCCAGAAGGCAGCCCACGGACCCGAGCAGUAAGCGCUUCAUCAUGUCGAUGACCUGCGGCAAACCGUUUGUGCGGGAGGGCAUCGAGUUUGUCGUCAUCAAAGUGAAAGGUCAGAGUUUCAUGCUGCACCAGAUCCGAAAGAUGAUCGGCACGGCGAUGGCAGUGGCCCGCGGCCACGCCGCCGAGGGUGUGUUCGAGCGCGCCUGGAGCCUGGACAGAAUCGACCUGCCGAUGGCACCCGCCCUCGGCCUCAUGCUGCACGAGGUCCACUACGACCAGUACAACCAGCGGUUCGGCAGCGGCGGCCACAACACGCACGCCAACAUCGAGUGGAGCGGCGUCGAGGAGCAGCUGGCCGCCUUCACGGAGCGCUUCGUCCACUCCGACAUCGUGCAAACCGAGCUGCAGGACAAGUCUAUGUUGUCGUGGCUGGAGACACUUCCCCUACAUACAUUCGACAUCCGCGAAGGGGAUAAGAGUCCUCUGCUGGCCGCCAAACGGCAGGUGGAGGCCGAUACCGCAGCAAAGUCGGCAGAGGCGGCAGCGGACGGAGAGUCGGGGGAGGGGCAGCCGGCCAGCGCCGGCGAGGCUGAGGCUACUGCCGGGAAGUCGGCGGUAACAGAGGCCGAGGAGUCGGUGGCGGCGCGGGGAGAGUCGGUGGGCACCGACUCGCAGCUAGCCACACCGACAGAGGGAGAGGGCCGUGACCCGUCCUCUGCCGAGGCCCAGGCGAGCUGACCAAACGACUGGUGGUGUGGGACAUUCCGGCUGUUGAUCUGCCGCUGGGGUUUGAACGUGUCGGAUACAACUUCAUUUUUACAUCAAGGGUUUUGUCUGUGAUGUAUUUAGAUGUUUGUACCAACGACAUGCAGUGUUUGCCAUUGUUUUGUAUGUAUUGAUGAACAUGCAAUGAGUGUUUGCUACGACUUAUUGACAAUACAUUGGUGCACAGGAUUUCA